AUGACCUUGAAAUUGCUGGAGGAUCCUAAUGACAACCUUUUCGCGGCAGGUAUUCCGUGGAGCAUUGCUCUCCCUGCCGUCACAACCGCAUAUGCCUACCUGAACGCCAAGUACUCCAUAUUCUACGACCUAAAUCUGAUCAGAGGACUGCUUAAGAUGACCUUGAAGCGUCGUCUUGCGGAACGUGGCGACCGUCUGAACAUCUUCUAUGUCUUGGAAAACAUGGCUUUGAACCCUGCGACUAAGGACCACGAAUUUAUUGUCUACAACGGCCAGUCAUGGACGUCGCAUGAGGUCUAUUUAACGGCACUCCGAUAUGGAACAUGGUUCAAGACAGUGCAUGGGGUGCGACGAAAAGAAAUUGUCGCCGUUGACUGCAUGAACUCCUCCACCUUUAUCUUCAUGGUUCUUGGGCUGUGGAGCAUCGGAGCUGUUCCCGCAUUUAUCAAUUAUAACUUGACUGGCAAGCCUCUAGUUCACUCUGUCCGCACAUCUUCAGCCAGGCUUCUUUUCGUGGAUGAAGAACUUCGCAACAAUUUCCCGUCUGAGCAGCUAGAAGUCUUCUCUUCCUCCGACUUCCGCGACGGGAAAGGGCCCGUUCAGGUCGUUUUCUUGACAUCUGAAGUGGAAUCGCAGGUUUUGGAGACGGAGCCCAGGAGAGAAGAUGAUAAGGAGCGAGCGGGUGUGCUACCACGCGACAUGGCGUUGCUGAUCUAUACCAGUGGCACCACAGGUCUCCCCAAGCCGGCUAUCGUUAGCUGGAACAAAUGCUGGGCUGGCAGUUGCUUCGUAGCUGACUGGAUGGAGCUUACGAAGGAAGAUCGGUUUUAUACAUGUAUGCCUCUGUAUCACUCAUCAGGCUCUGUCUUGGGAUUUAUAACUUGUCUGAUGGCGGGCACCACAUUUAUUAUUGGCCGAAAGUUCUCAGCAAGGAAUUUCAUGAAAGAAGCUCGGGAGAACCAUGCUACUAUCAUCCAAUACGUGGGUGAAACUCUCCGAUACAUUCUGGGUGCACCGCCUCAGACUGACCCGGUGACGGGAGAAAACUUGGACAAGAAGCAUAAUAUCCGUAUAGCGUUUGGCAACGGCCUACGCCCAGACAUUUGGAACCGUUUCAAGGAUCGCUUUAAUGUUCCCACCAUUGCCGAAUUCUAUGCUGCGACGGAAGGCACUACUGGGUCAUGGAAUCUUUCAUCCAACGACUUUGCCGCUGGUGCAAUCGGCCGGAACGGCAUUAUCGGUGAUAUGGUCCUCGGCCCUGGUUGUGCCAUCGUGGACGUCGACCACGAGACGCAGGAGCCAUGGCGAGACCCCAAAACAGGGCUGUGCAAGAAGGUUCCUCGUGGCGAUCCCGGCGAGCUUCUUUUUGCCAUCGAUGCUACUGACCCCAGUGCCAACUUCCAGGGCUACUUCCAGAACGAGAAAGCAACCCAGAGCAAGAUCAUCCGUGAUGUCGUGAAGAAGGGUGACGCGUUUUUCCGUACUGGUGACAUGGUUCGCUGGGAUCGCGAUGGCCGUUGGUACUUCUCCGAUCGCAUCGGUGAUACUUAUCGCUGGAAGAGCGAGAAUGUUUCGACGAACGAGGUUGCCGAGGUCAUUGGUGCUCAUACGGAGGUCCACGAAGCCAAUGUCUACGGCGUGUCUCUGCCCAAUCAUGAUGGACGUGCUGGUUGCGCCGCUAUUGUCUUCAAUGAGCAGCUGACCAAGGGCAGUGGGUCCGAUACAGCUUUGGAACCGGCGAAAGCCACUCUGGACAGCUUGGCUGCCCUUAUCCUCCAGCAACUACCGCGUUUCGCAGCUCCAUUGUUCGUGCGCGUGAUGUCAGAGAUGCAGUCGACAGGGAAUAUGAAGCAACAGAAGCAUGUGCUGCGAACUGAGGGAGUGGAUCCUUCGAAGGUAUCUAAGAAAGACCGUCUGUACUGGUUACAAGGGAACACAUAUGUUCCUUUCACAGCCCGGGACUGGGAUCGGUUGAAUGGUGGCCAGGUGCGCCUCUAG